AAAUUAUGUCAUAGAUUUUUCAAUCAAUAAAAUCAAACUUAAAUAAUUGACCCCUCAUAAUUGCAAAACUCAAAGGUCUGCUCAUGGAAUGCAAGAAUUGUAACCCUAGACAAAACUUUAAUAAUUGAGUACUCCAUCUUGCAGUAUAUAUUGGAAAUUUGCCACAAACCAAAAUCAAUUUGUUUUUUAUCAAGAGUUAUUAGAAAAGUUACCAUAUGGGUUCCAACAAGUUUUUGGUCUCAUUGGUCGUUGUUUCCAUACUAUUGCUACACUUGACUGCUGAAGGGAGCCUCUUUGACUAUUUGAAAGAUAAAGCUUGUAAAAUGGCUGUGGAUUGUGGAAAAGGAAAGUGUGUCGUUAGGUCAAACCACAAACAUCCAUUUAAGUUCGUCUGUAAAUGUGAACCUGGUUGGAAGCAAAUCAAAGCGGGUCCAAAACAUAUGUUCCUUCCAAAAGCAUGUGUCAUCCCUGAAUCUGAAUGUUCUUUCUACACUGAGCUCAACCCAGGCCAAGAAGCAUGCAUAUGAUCGUUAUGUGGUAGGUGUCUAUCAGCGUGGUGAUGCUACAGGAGAAAAACUAAUACAAUCUGAGAUGGCUUCACACAUUGCUUAGUCUAAAAAAUGAUGAACUUCUCUAUAUUUUAUUGUUUUCUAUAUAUAUAUACAGUUUCAUCUUACCGUACUACUUCAGUUUUAAAUAUAAGCAAACAAACUUUUAUAUGCAAUGUAAGCCAAUUUGUAAGAAUGCGAUGAAUUUCUCUUAUUUUGUGA